AUGGUUAUGGGUCGCUGUGCUGCUUGCAAGUAUUUGAGAAAGGCAUGUCCGGAAGAUUGCAUAUUUGCUCCCUAUUUUCCCUCCAACAAUCCCCAAAGAUUUGAGAAUGUUCAUAGAAUCUAUGGUGCCAAGAAUGUUGCCACCAUGCUCAAGGAAUUGGAACCAUUGCAACCGUAUCUCCGAGCUCAAGCCGUUGAAACCUUAUGUUAUGAGGCUGAAAGUAGAAUACAAAAUCCUGUGUAUGGCUGCGCUGCGAUUAUUUUCCACUUGCAACAACAAAUACAUAACAUUGAAUCUGAAUUAGCCAAACUACGUGCUGAGAUUGCAAUUCUUAGCUCUAAUGGACAUGGACAAGCAUCUGAGAUUCAGUUGAGUACUGAUCAAGUUCAUGAGGACCAAUCUGGUUCUUCCUCUAAAGCUCCUAAUUGGUUUAUCUGA